AUGACUGAGCGCAGGGCUAGGCAAUUGAUGGCCAGGCAGCUGGCAGCAGCAGAAGCCGCCCGUGAGGCCAAGGAAUGCUGCAAAGCUGGGCAGCUCGCAUCCCCCCCGACAGGGCCCAGCCAAUUUAGCCAAAAGAAUAGAUUGACAGAGGACCACCAGAGCGCUCAACCCGGUCAUGGGAUGAGUACAAGAGCCAGGAAAGCCGGCCACGGCGCGCCAGGAAGGGUGCUCAGCCAGGAACAAAAACGGCUAGACGGGUUGGAGAAAGAAUGGCAGAAAAAGCGGAAACUUGAUGCUCGCGUGUGCGCUCUCUCGUCAGCUACGGGUCUCAAGACCGGGGACGAUGGCAAGCGUCUCCAGACGAAAGGUUACCGUCGCCCAUCGACGUUGCAGACCCGAGAUGGGCGCGCGCGCGCUAUCAAGACAUGGAGAACAGACUCAACCGGCAGACCACUCCACAGCGGUCGCCACGUUCAAUAUAUCCUAUCCUUCAGCCACUACUGGCUUGCCCACGUGAUUCGAGACAGUCGAGUGCACGAGAAGAGCAUCGAGAGCAACGGCCAUCUUUGGGCAGGAUCAUCCGCCCGCCCAGAUUUUGGGACACGGUGAGGCAGGCCAUUGGAAGUGUAGCCGUAGCAUCAAUGGGAGGAAGGGUUGGAGUGUGGCUUGCAGCAUGGCAGGUAGGUAGACGGAUGAUGUGACGGCAGACGUCAAUUGCCAAGCCAAGCAGGAG